AUGAUCGUUGUGGCUAUUCCAACGACUGAAGAAGAAGAAGAAGAGCAGGAACAGCAAGGAGACGGCUGCGACGACGAUGACUACGGGGCCGCGGAUUGGCGUGACGCCGCCGUGGCCUGGGAGGAGGCGGCGGCGGUGGCUUGGAUGAACAAUGACAACGCGGCCGAGGCUCGCGCUCGCAGCAAACAGGCGGAGGCGGUGGCGGCCGUGGCUCACGCUCGCAGCAACCAGGUGGCGGAGGAGGUGGAGGAGAUGGCGGACUUCAUCGGCUGGUGCCUGCGGCUCGUCUUCACCUGCGCACUUCUCCUGUGGCUCUGGUUCGGGUGA